AUCACAGUUAGAUUAAUUAAAAGUUUCCAUUAUAGAAAUAUUAAAUUAUUAAUCUUGAAGGAUAUUAAAGUAAAUGAAUUAACUGGAAAUGAUUUAUUGAAAUUAGUUUUGGAAAAGAUUGAAAAGGAAUCAGGUUUGCUUCCACAUCGUGGACGUAAAUAUGAUACAUUUAAAUUAUAUCAUCAUGCCUUUUCGUUUAAAGCAAAUAAUUUAGUUGUUAAUUUACAAGAUGAUGAUAAAUUAAUCUUUAAAAUGGAUAAAACUUUGAAGGAAAAUAAUGUUGAUAAUGAAGCUGAAAUUAGUUGUUUCAUUAUGGAUGAAUAUUUGGAAUUCAAGAAAAAUCCAGAAUUGAAAUGGUAA